GCCCCCUCCACUGCGGCUCCCUCCGCUGUCCUUCUCCGGGUGACGAAGCGUUGCCAGGGCAACGCGUAGGCAGCGUCUCCGACUGGCGUGUGUGCAAGCUGGGAUCGAAGAUGGAGGAAAACGUCAGGGAGCCCGCUGCCGGCAGCGAGUCUGGAAGUGAGGACUCUUUAGUGGGCAACGUGAACAAACUUAUGGUAACACCACCUGGGCAUACUGGAGCGAGCAAAAAAGGCCACCUUGUCUUCGACGCCUGCUUUGAGAGCGGUAACCUGGGCAGGGUGGAUUACAUCAGCGAGUUUGAGUUUGACCUCUUCAUUCGGCCGGACACUUGUAACCCGCGCUUCCGAGUUUGGUUCAACUUUACUGUUGAGAAUGUGCGGGAGUCUCAGAGGGUGAUCUUCAACAUCGUGAACUUCAGUAAGACCAAGAGUCUCUACAGGGAUGGGAUGUCCCCAGUGGUGAAAUCGACAAGUCGGCCAAAAUGGCAAAGGAUUCCAGCAAAAAACGUUUACUACUACCGCUGCCCAGACCACCGGAAGAACUACGUGAUGUCUUUUGCCUUCUGCUUUGACAGAGAGUACGACGUCUACCAGUUUGCCUACUGCUACCCGUACACCUACUCACGCCUUCAGCAUUACCUCGACAGCCUGGAGAAGCGAAACUUGGACUACGUGCAAAGGGAACUUCUGGGACUCAGCGUGCAACAGCGCCGACUUGACCUGCUGACCAUCACCAGCCCGGGAAGCCUCACUGCUGACACUGAAAAGAAGUUGGUCUUCCUCACGGCACGUGUACAUCCUGGGGAAUCUCCUGCAUCCUUUGUGUGCCAAGGUCUCAUUGACUUCCUGGUCAGUAGUCACCCGGUGGCCAGGGUCUUGAGGGAUCACGUCAUCUUCAUGGUGGUGCCCAUGCUGAACCCGGAUGGGGUCUAUCUGGGGAACUAUCGGUGCUCUCUGAUGGGCUUUGAUUUGAACCGCCACUGGCAGGACCCUUCUUCCUGGGCCCACCCGACUCUCCACGCGGUCAAGCAACUCAUCGUCAAGAUGAGCAAAGACUCGAGGGUCAGCCUGGACUUCUACAUCGACGUGCACGCCCACUCCACCAUGAUGAAUGGCUUCAUGUAUGGCAACAUCUUCGAGGAGGAGGAGCGGGUCCAGAGGCAGGCCGUGUUUCCCCGUCUGCUGUGCCACAACGCCCCGGACUUCUCUCUGUCAAACACGUCUUUCAAUCGAGAUGUGGUGAAAGCCGGAACAGGACGCCGCUUUCUUGGGGGUCUCCUGGAUGACACCUCCUACUGUUACACCCUGGAGGUCUCCUUCUACAGCUACCUGGCAGCUGGCAGCAGCGUGCCCAUCCCCUACACGGAGGAGACUUACAUGAAGCUUGGUCGAAAUGUGGCCCGCACCUUCCUGGACUACUACAGACUGAACAGCCUGCUCGAGGAGAAGCCCCUGUCUCACCCCAGCAGCAGUCUGCACACUCUGGCCGGCGGGAGGCAAACGCAGGAACACGGGAGCCGCAGUGUCCAGGAGGGCAGCAAAUUUGAGAGACGGAAGAACAUUCGUUAACGGGAGUGUGAGUCGGCCCCCCGUCAACACUUCUGGAGUCGGCCGCCCACUGCUGUGCUCCACUUGUCCUGCCUUGGCGUUUCCUUGUCCUUGUAAUAAUCCGGAGACGUGGAGGCCACACGUUCAUAAGCUUCUUCAGUUUCAUAACCCAUGAGUGUCCAGAAGACAAAGCCCCCUGUAUUGGACUUUAACAUUAAACAGCACAGUGAUGGCCACCA